AUGAGAGAAGUAUCCCACAUCGAGAAGGCCCUGAGCUUGGAGGAUCUUCUUUUCACUGUGUUCAUUGAACCAGAUGAAGGCAAAGAUGAGGUCUUACAGGACAUAAAGGAGAACUCUGACAAUGUGCUACUUAUUUUUGAUGGAAUCACAGAUCUGUCUUCAUCAGUGGUGCAAAAACUUGUAGAGAAGGAUCUACUACCUGAUGCCAAGGUCAUCAUGACCUGCAGACCAGAAGAUGAAGAUGGCCUCCUUUCUGAGGACUUAUUUUCUAAGAACUUUCUCAGAGUGGAAGUGAAAGGCUUUAGUGAGCAGACCAUAACAACAUACUUAUCUGCAAUGCUAGGUGAAGGACAGGAGAAGGUUUUGAGCAGAUUGGAGUUGUUAACUCUUUGCCAUGUCCCAAUGUAUGCACUGAUGGUGGCUGCCUGCUUUUCAUUUGAGACAUCAGAAGACACUCCCCAGCCAUGCAGUAUAACGGAAAUCUACAUCAAUAUUGUUCGUUUUUGCCUAAAAAAAAACAGCAACACCAAAAAAUACAAAGAUCUAAAUUCCUUCAUCAAAAGCAAGAGUAAGGAAAUACUGUCUUUAGCUAAGCUUGCUUUUCAUGCAACUGAAAGAAAAACAGUGAACUUGACAGAACCUCCCUGUGAAGACGGCUGUGUCCUUUCAUUCCUGAAACCACUUGUUAUCAAAGAAAACCCUACUGAGCCACACACCACAUUUGCAUUUCUCCAUUACACGAUGCAGGAGUUUUUUGCAGCACUGUGGCUCUUGAAGAAUCCAGAUCAAAUCAAGGAUGUUUUUCAGCGAUGCUGCAGUGAGGAGGAGAAACACAUGAAGCAUCUGAUCCCUUUCAUGUGUAGAUUGUUGACUGAGAAGAGCCCUAGUUUGAUGAAGUGGCUGAUUCCAGCUGAGGAGCUCAAGAAUACUUCUAACUGGUUCUUCAAGGAAGUGAUAACCACAUUCUCCCCUAGUCUGUGUGGGAACAAUGAGGCUGAUACUGAGGACAGUGGGAUUGAUGUGGACAGACUGUUCAUAUUCCAGUGUUUGUAUGAGUCCCAGAGUCCUGAAGCAUGCAUCGACCUUCUGGACAAACUGGACUACCAUCUUGAUCUCAGUGGAGAAAGUCUCGAUCCUUACUCUUGCUGUGCUGUUGCCUAUGUGGUCACUCAGUCGAAGGAGAGGAAAGUAAGGCUGAACCUGGAGGACAUCAUGGUAUCAGAUCAAGGGAUGAGAACACUAGUUGGAAGCCUUAAAAACGUCCAAUGGAGUGACUCUAUGCGACGGCAGCUGUGGGAGAUUGUCCUUGUCAGUGAAGGGAAGAUGGACCACAGCAGCUUACUUGGCCUUGAUGGAAAUCAGUUGCACCUUCCAGUUGAGGGUGAAAGACAGCUGUUUGAAAGAGCAGUAAAAGUCAUGCAGGAGGUUUCUACGAAGGUUCAUGUCUGCCUCCACUGGGAUAGUCAAAGUCCUGACUGCCAGAGUCUGUGUGGAUCUCUCUUAGAGGCUCUGCCACACAUCCGCUCACUCAGCUUCAGGAGGACCUGCGGAGGUCCAGGAUUACAGGACCAGGAGCAAAGUCAUGGGACACUGAAGAGGGAAGAGAAGCAGCUGUUACUGGAUUUAUGCCUUAAAGCAGCAAUUUAUGAAGAAAGAGACUUUCACAAAGUAGUGAAGACGCUCCUCUCAUUGUUUUGUGUUAACACAGAUUCACAUAACAUACUUCUUGAUUUUUAUCAACAUGUCAAGAGACAAGAAUGUUUAAGUGUCAUUCCAAAACUGAGGCCACUUCUCCAGUCAGCUCCUGCAGUCUGGUCCAUAGACCUCUCAGAGAGAAAGACCUCCAUCCUCCUGGAAGUGUUGAAACUCCAACCAGAGAAGAAACAAGUGGAGCUGACAGGCUGCUCAGGUGAAGAGAGUGAAGUGAGGAGUGUCCUACAGUGUCUGCCUUAUAUCUCACAGCUCAGUUUCAGGCCUCAGUCAUCAAAACCUUCAGAAGAAAUCAAGAUGUUAGUGAAUCUGUUCUGUGCAGCAGCAGAGAGAGAACAGCAGACAGGAGAGAAGAUACUGGAGCUGUUAUCAUCAGUGUGCACAUACAAAAGACUCCCUCUCACUCACCCGGGUUAUUAUGGAGAUCCUCGUGAUCUUACAAGGAAAUAUCAGUGUGGUUUCCUGCUGGAUCUGUACUCCCGCCUGAAGGACCAUGAGACUGAAACAGGUCUGAGUGUCCUUCCAUCAUUACACUCAGUUCUCCAGUCAGCUCCUGCAGUCUGGUCCAUAGACCUCUCAGAGAGAAAGACCUCCAUCCUCCUGGAAGUGUUGAAACUCCAACCAGAGAAGAAACAAGUGGAGCUGACAGGCUGCUCAGGUGAAGAGAGUGAAGUGAGGAGUGUCCUACAGUGUCUGCCUUAUAUCUCACAGCUCAGGUAAAUGAAUUGUACUUCACAUGACUUCAGUGUACA